AUGUCAUCGCCUUUAUCGUCGUCGCCCUCUACAGGAUCAACAACGAAUUCAUCUGCUUGUAACCGCGUCUUCGCUAUUCCCAAUAUUGUCGAAUGUAUUAGUUGUUCACUCGAAUCCAAAACCAUCACUAUCGCGGCACGUGUCUGCCAGGCCUGGUAUACUGCUUGGUUGCCAAUUAUCUGGCACACAAUCGAUUGCGGCAAGCAAUGGGAGGAUAACUUUACCCAGACAUUGGUUCGACAUGGCGAAUUGGUUCGCAUACUUCGUUGCUCACGUGGUGAUGAUAUUCGUCUUUUGGUCUCGGAUCCUAGUCCCAGCUGCAGGAACCUAAUCACUCUGGUCUUGCCAAAGACCACAGUCAUAAACCAGUCGGACCAUGUGAAACUCAUUCAACAGAAUCCAAACCUGCGCAACCUAUCAUUGGCAUUUCGUGAUGAUCCCUCGAUUGAUUACAGCAAUCUCAUCCAUGCUGUCGGCGAUCAUCGCAUGCUACGACGAUUGACCUUUGAUGACGAAAACAAGACUUUGCAAGUGGAGAUGCUGGAGACCAUAUUGGAACGCAGCACAUCCCUGAGAGAGCUAUACUUUAGGCGCAUCGGCUUUUUUCUCAAUCACCCGAUCGGCUAUGCGUAUGCCUCUGCUUCAAAGUUACUGGCGGCCUCCAAGACCGAGGAACAGGCCGUGUCCGAGCAAGAGGAGAAGAAGUUCCCGAGAAUCACGAGCCUCUGCAUGGAUGAUGUCGCGUGCUCACAAGAUCUUAUUCUAAAUCUUGCCAGCCGUUUUCCGAGCCUCGAACGAUUGUCCCUCCACUUGAAUGCAGAGUUGUAUUUUACUGAAGACUUUCCAUCUCGACUGGCGCAGCGGAGUCCUCAUAUCAAAUACCUAGAUGUCUCCAAGACAGAGGACAUGGAGGAUUCAACCAUCGCAGCUUUAGUCAGGUGUUUCCCGGGACUUCAAACCCUCAUAGCAAGUCAAACAGGGUUUGGCGAUAUGAGUUUAAACGCCUUGGUUGAGUGCUGUCCUAAUUUGGAAGAGUUGGAUGCCAGGGAUGCCUAUGGCCUUGAAUCUGAGAGCAUUCAGAGAUUGCUGAAGAAAUGCCAGGCCUUGAAGUCAUUGAAUGCUUGGGACACAUCCGUUAAUGUGCCCAAGAUGAUCAUGGAGGCAUAUAGAUCACAAUCGAUGACGGAGGAGGGUCAUCCUGCUCUACCUUCUACAUCUACUUCUUCAGGGGUUGCUAUUCCUGGACUUUGGGCUUGUCAUGGAUUGGAGUCUUUGACACUGAACUUCUGCUAUGAUCGACCGUCGCUGACGAAUCAAGAACAAAGAAUGAUCCCUCCUGCGAGUGCACGCCGAUACUUACUUGAACAGCUUUCAAGGUUGACCAAGUUGCGGAACUUGAGUAUCAGGACGACCUAUUUCGACGACUACGGCAACAAUGAUGAGGAUGAUGAGGAUGAUGAUGAUGCUGACACUCCAGAAGAGGCGAAGGGUAGCGAGCACAUGCUACAGAGGAUCCAGAAAGACAUGUCUCUGCUUGCGGUGGACAAUCUGAACUCGACUGAAAGUAGCAAGGAAGGAAAAGAAGAAGAUACUGAUGAUUCGGAGCUAUUCAAUAUUACGUUUUCGAUGUCUUCAGGUCUGGCAAUACUGAGUCCAUUGAAGCAGCUUCAAUCGUUAAUUUUGGCUGGUGUCCAUCAUGCAGUAGGGCUGGAUGAGAUCCAAUGGAUGUGUCAGCACUGGCCUAGACUGGCUCGCAUUGAGGGGCUUUAUUGGGAUGAGGAUUGGGAUGAGGAUAAGCUUGUCCUGUCUUGGCUACAGGAAAAUAGGCCUGGAUUUAUCCUUACUGAAGGAGACGAUGAAGAGGACGAUAGUUAA